GUGGGUCAGCUCAGAAAACUAACCAGAGACACCGGAGUCGCCUUGAUUCUCCUCAUCACGGCCAAACUCCUGGUGAUGCCGCUGGUCUGUAAAGACAUGGUGGAUAUUCUGGAUGUCGGCGUGAACAGCACAAGCGCCAACCACACCAGUUUGUCUAACUUUGCUUUCCUUUACGGCGUCUUCCCGACCGCACCCUCCGUGGCCAUCUACGCCGCGCACUACAACAUCGAGCUGGAGGUGGUGACUUCAGGGAUGGUCAUCAGCACGUUUCUGUCUGCUCCCAUCAUGUACGUGUCGGCCUGGUUACUAACAAUCCCUCUGAUGGACCCGACGCCGCUGGUGACGGAGCUGGAAAACGUCAGCUUCAACAUCAGCAUCGUCAGCCUCGUGGCUCUGGUGUGGACCAUCGUGGUGAUGUUGCUCAGCAGGAAGUUUAACAGACUUCCUCACCUGUUUGCCUUAAACCUUUUCCUGGCUCAGUUUUUGGUGUGCGUCAGUAUGAUCCUGUGGAACUUUUUGGUGAAACAAGAAGAUAAUCUGGUGGGAAAAAUCCUCACCUUCACUCUGCUGUACGGGUCUCUGUACAGCACCUACAUCUGGACAGGUUUAAUCCCUCUGUGUCUGGCUCUCACUAACAGAGACGACCUGCUGAGACUCCGGCCGGGAGUUUUCAUGAUUUUGGGUUGGGG